AUGUCCAUCCCAAACGAGAAGCUGCAGCAGCUGCUGCAGGAAAUCGAACAAAAGUCUGCCUUUGCGCAGCAGCAGCUAGGAAUCGUCAAGUCGCAAAUUGCCUCGAAGAAUCGCGAGAGCCGAAUGCUGCAAUUGUCGGCGGUUGAACUGGACACACUUCCCAAGGAGACACCGAUAUACGAUGGGGUUGGCAAAAUGUUUGUUCUCACCUCGACCGCAGACGUCAAAACUCGCCAGGAAAAGGAAUCCGCAGAUGUGAAAGCCGAGCUUGCGAACCUCGAUAAGAAAUUGCACUACUUGCAAACAACAUACGACAAUAGCCAGCAACAUAUCAAGGCUUUGUUCGAGCGCGGAGCUUGA